AUGAGUUUCAUACCAUCGAAAUUCACAGAUGUUCACUCAACUGAAGUACCACUCGAAGCGAAGUUUUCAUUGAAACCAUCCUGUAAAUUCUGUUCUAAUGAAUUCAGUGAGUUUAUUUUGAAAAUGUAAUUCCAAAUUCGAAAUAAUCCUAUUUUUAGAUGACAAAGAUCGUAUUCCAAAACUCCUUCAAUGUGGUCAUACCUUCUGUUCCAGCUGCAUCAGAAAAAGUGUUGAAUCAAAGUGAGUGAGAAAUAUCAGGAGAAAAGUCAUAGAACUUGAGUUUUUCAGCAAGUUUUCGUAUUCUGGAGACGGCGAUGUUUUCCGACAUUUCAAUUGUUUUACACGUAAAAAACAAAGUGAAAUUGAUACAAACAAAUCGGAUUAUGGAUUUCCUUCGAAUUUUCAAUUGAUGGAAGUUUUGCAGCCAAAUGAUACAAGAAGUUUGAAAUGUAUCGAAUGUCUUGUUGAUUGUAAUGAAUGUAUGAUGCAAAUCUGUAGAAUUUGCACUUUUGACAAGUUCAAUUUCGACAUUGUUGAUAUCGAUAAACAAAAUGUGAGUUAGAUUUUCAAAUUCGAAGCCAAGCUUUUCGUAUUUUCAGUCCGUCACUGAUCCAGAUAACUUCGCCAUUUGCUCCGCUUGCAUUCUCAAAAAUCAUAACAAUCAUUGUUAUAUCGAUUUUUAUCCAAUUCGAAGAUAUUGGCAUUUCAAAAAUGUUUUGCGAGAUGUCAACGUUGCGAAGGCAAAUUAUGAUAAAUUCUUCUGCGAAGCACGUGAAGUUAUGGAUAAAACACCACGUUUGUUGUCAAGAUUGCAAGAUGUGAGACAGUUUUAUGAAUUAAUAUCUAUACUUAAGUGAAUAUUUUCAGGAAACUUCUCGAAUGGUCGAAUUGAUGUCAUAUGCAAAAUCGAGUCAUCAACUCAAAUAUAUGGAAAAACGUUAUGAAGAAGAAAUGAAAAAAGUUGUUGGAGUAUCGAAAUGUAUCAAGGAUUCACUUAUAAAACUCAACAGCGACCUCGAAAACAAUUCUUUGGCUUUGCGAGAUGAAAAUGAUAAUUUGAAAGGAACUGCGUGUGAUGAGAAAAAGAUGGAUAUUGGUGAUGUUUUCAAGGUUUUCGACCCACCAACUAUUGUCUUCCAAGCUCCCAUUCUUUUCGUUAAAAAUGUCUUCGAAUUAGUUUGGUUGAGCGUUUCUUGGGCAACCAAAGUAACACUUGAUGAAGCACACAAGUUGAUUCAAAAACAAAAAGCAAAAUAUAUUUGA